CAGCAAAUUAAGCAAUUACUCCUUUAGUCAGAGAGAGAGAGAAAAUGAAAAAGUUCCUUUUGAGUGGUCUUGCAUUGUUUGUGGCGUUACUCACUACAGAACUUGGAGUAGCAUCCGCUGUAUGGCAGCGAGCUCAUGCAACUUUCUAUGGUGGAAGUGAUGCCUCAGGAACAAUGGGAGGGGCAUGUGGCUAUGGAAAUCUCUUCACAGAUGGUUAUGGUACAAAGACAGCUGCCUUGAGUACUGUUUUGUUCAAUGAUGGCAAGUCAUGUGGUGGUUGCUAUAGAAUAGUUUGUGAUGCAAAUCAAGUACCCCAAUGGUGCCUUAGGGGCACUUCCAUAGUUGUUACUGCCACUAAUUUCUGUCCCCCAAACUAUGCACUCCCUAAUGACAAUGGUGGUUGGUGUAAUCCUCCUAGACCACACUUCGACAUGUCUCAACCUGCCUUUCAGACAAUAGCCAAAUACAAAGCUGGAAUCGUACCAAUUUUGUACAGGAAAGUUGGGUGCAAAAGAAGUGGAGGCAUCAGAUUUACUGUGAAUGGGAGAGAUUAUUUCGAAUUGGUGCUUAUAAGCAACGUAGGUGGUGCUGGGGUGAUUUCCCGGGUUUGGAUCAAAGGAUCAAAAAUGAGUAACUGGGAAUCCAUGACAAGGAAUUGGGGUGCUAACUGGCAAAGCUCGAGAUAUCUGAAUGGUCAGAGCAUGUCUUUCAGAGUUCAACUCAGCAAUGGGAGGACUCGCACAGCAAAUAAUGUAGCACCUUCCAAUUGGAGAUUUGGCCAGUCUUUCAUAAGCAAUGUUCAGUUCUGAGAACGGAAUAAUAAUGCAUAUAUAUAAAUAUAUAUUUAGUACUCUACUAUUCCGUACGUCCUUUAAUAACUAUUACUACUAUAUGUUGUGAUCUAUCAUCUAUGUGGUUGUGGCUCAGCAAUUGUAUCAUUUUGCGAUGAAGCCCACCAAGUUUGGUAUACUAUUUUAUGAAUUACAUAUAUAUA